CGCCCUGACUGCUCACAGCUGCCACUCACGGUGUCCGCGCGGGACCCGCGGGAAGGGGGCGGCGCUGCGCUUGCCCGGGAACCCCGGCUGGAGCCGCCCCUCGCGCGCCAGGGUUUGGGGGGCUUCCGGGAAGACGCCAGGCCUCCUGAGCAAGCAGAGGCUGCUGCGGCGCCCUCGUGCCAGCCCCGGGUGCUCACGUGCCGGCUUGCUGUGGGUCGGUGGCAAUCCACCACAUCUAGGGACCCAGGGAUGAGUGGAUCCUGGAGGGGUCCCCUGUGCCUUCUUGCUACACAGCUGUCUUGCUUCUUCCUACCCCGUCCCCUCUGCACCCUGUGCUCCUUGCAUGUCUCCCCAUCCCCGGGUGCAACUGGGUGUGAGUCUUCGUGGCGCCUUUCCAGCCGCCUUGCUAGGCCCGGCCGGUGAGCGGGGAGCCCAGCAGUUCCCUUAGUGCGUCCUGCGGCCGCGAGAGAUGAAGGCCACCCCCGCAGGGCUCUGAUCUCCGGCGCGCCCAAGUCCCCUGCCGCGUGCCCCUCACCAUGACCGGCUCCGCCGCGGACACUCAUCGCUGCCCCCACCCCAAAGGCGCCAAAGGCACCCGGUCCCGGAGCAGCCACGCGCGGCCAGUAAGCCUCGCCACCAGCGGGGGCUCGGAGGAGGAGGACAAAGACGGCGGGGUGCUGUUCCACGUGAACAAGAGUGGCUUCCCGAUCGACAGCCACACCUGGGAGCGGAUGUGGCUGCAUGUUGCCAAGGUCCACCCCAAAGGGGGAGAGAUGGUGGGCGCCAUCAGAAACGCUGCCUUCCUGGCUAAGCCUUCAAUUCCCCAGGUCCCAAACUACAGGCUGUCCAUGACGAUCCCAGACUGGCUCCAGGCCAUCCAGAACUACAUGAAGACUCUACAAUACAAUCACACAGGGACCCAGUUCUUUGAAAUCAGGAAAAUGAGACCUCUGAGUGGGUUAAUGGAAACAGCGAAAGAGAUGACCCGAGAAUCCUUGCCUAUCAAAUGCCUUGAGGCAGUCAUUCUGGGCAUAUAUUUAACGAACGGGCAGCCUUCCAUCGAGCGGUUCCCCAUCAGCUUUAAAACCUAUUUCUCAGGAAACUACUUUCACCAUGUCGUGCUGGGGAUUUAUUGCAACGGUUACUAUGGCUCACUGGGCAUGAGCCGAAGGGCUGAGCUGAUGGACAAGCCGCUGACCUUUCGGACUCUGAGUGACCUUGUCUUUGACUUUGAAGACUCCUACAAAAAAUACCUGCACACAGUCAAGAAGGUCAAAAUUGGGCUGUACGUCCCCCAUGAGCCUCACAGCUUCCAACCCAUUGAGUGGAAGCAGCUGGUCCUCAAUGUCUCAAAGAUGCUGAGGGCUGACAUACGGAAGGAGCUGGAGAAGUACGCCCGGGACAUGCGGAUGAAGAUCUUGAAACCCGCAAGUGCCCACUCUCCAACCCAAGUGAGAAGCCGAGGAAAAUCCCUGUCUCCCCGAAGGAGACAAGCAAGCCCCCCAAGGAGGCUCGGCAGGCGAGACAAGUCUGUUGGGAGCUCCAGGAGAACCAAGGCGAGGACUCAUGGCCCAGUGGCAAAAGGAAUUGAAGAGAACCACACUAACUUUGGAGACAAGGUGGAAGUAACCAGGAGGAAGAGGCCUGCUCUCCCUGAGAAGAAGGUGGCUGACCUCAGCACUCUGAAUGAAGUGGGCUAUCAAAUCCGGAUCUAGCCAAGCCAGGCUGGCAAGGUUUCUAUGGUGCUCUUUUCUGCACAUAACCCAGCAGCUUCAGGAGGACCUGCAAGUAUUCACGAAGAACUUGUGGAGUUUUGAUUUUGAAGGACUUACCUGGAAACAGAAUCUGAGUGUGUGGAAAUGGUGAGCUUUGAAACUCUCUGGGCAGCAAGCAUGACUGGGCUGAUGUGACGGACAGGCCCGUGGGUUGACUGUCUCCCUCACUCAGGACCUCAAGGACAACACUGCAGUUCUCUAUUUUUCCAUGUGCGACUGUUCCACUUGCUUUGGACAUUAUGCCUCAGCUGUAGUAAACGUCUGGAGUUCUCUCCCA